GGUGCGCGCGCGCGCGGCUGGCGGAGCCUCCUCAGAGCGGCCGGGGCGGGAUCGGCGCUGACGGCACUGACGGGGCGGACGGGCCAGCACCGGCGGAGCGGCCGCGGCUCCCGAGCGGGCGGCUCCUCUUCCUCCCUCCUUCUCCUCCUCCCUUCUCCCUCCUCCUCCCUCCCGCAUCCUCCUCGCCCGCCUCCGCCCUCCCCCCCACGCAGGCACCGCGGUUCCCGGCACGGACAACAUGGCGGCGGUGUCGGGGGCCGGGGCUGCGGGCGGCUCCGCCAGCGCCGGCGGCCCGGAGAUGGUGCGGGGACAAGUGUUCGACGUGGGGCCGCGCUACACCAACCUCUCCUACAUCGGCGAGGGGGCCUACGGCAUGGUGUGUUCUGCUUACGAUAACGUCAACAAAGUUCGAGUUGCUAUAAAGAAAAUCAGUCCUUUUGAGCAUCAGACGUAUUGCCAGAGAACUCUGAGGGAGAUCAAGAUCCUACUGCGCUUCAGGCACGAGAAUAUUAUUGGAAUAAAUGACAUUAUCAGAGCUCCAACUAUUGAACAAAUGAAAGAUGUAUACAUUGUGCAAGAUCUUAUGGAGACAGAUCUUUACAAGCUCUUAAAGACUCAACACCUCAGCAACGACCACAUUUGUUAUUUCCUUUACCAGAUUCUGAGAGGGUUAAAAUAUAUCCAUUCAGCCAAUGUGCUUCAUCGUGACCUCAAACCUUCAAAUCUGCUGCUUAACACCACGUGUGAUCUCAAGAUUUGUGACUUUGGAUUGGCUCGUGUUGCAGAUCCUGAUCAUGAUCACACAGGAUUCUUAACAGAGUAUGUGGCCACACGUUGGUACAGGGCUCCUGAAAUCAUGCUGAAUUCUAAGGGUUACACCAAGUCUAUUGACAUCUGGUCAGUGGGCUGCAUUCUGGCAGAGAUGCUCUCCAACAGACCUAUCUUUCCAGGAAAACACUACCUUGACCAACUUAACCAUAUCCUUGGUAUACUUGGAUCCCCUUCCCAAGAAGAUUUGAAUUGUAUAAUAAAUUUAAAGGCCAGAAACUACUUGCUUUCCCUACCACACAAAAAUAAGGUACCAUGGAACAGGCUGUUUCCAAAUGCUGACCCCAAAGCACUCGAUUUGUUGGAUAAAAUGUUGACCUUUAAUCCUCAUAAGCGGAUUGAAGUGGAGCAAGCUUUAGCCCAUCCAUAUCUGGAGCAGUAUUAUGAUCCAAGUGAUGAGCCUGUAGCUGAAGCACCCUUCAAGUUUGAUAUGGAGUUGGAUGACUUGCCGAAGGAAAAGCUGAAAGAACUGAUUUUUGAGGAAACUGCUAGAUUCCAGCCAGGACACCGAUCCUAAUUUGUGUGUAGGACAAGGACUUAAAGGACUGGGCAUGCUCAAACGUUGCUGUUCCUCUUCCCAGUUCUUUAUUGUUGGUCAUGUCUCGUGGCCUCUCUCAGCUUAUCCACUAACUCCUUUGAGCCAUUCAGGAGGGCGGUUCCUGGUAGUUUUGGCUUUUCAUGCUUUCAAUGAAUCUUUAAGGCUGAAGAAUUGUAAUUGACACUCCUCUGCAUAAUGCCCCUUGUUGACCUGUUGCAGUACUGUACUGUACGUGCACCUACUGCUGCCCGUGUUUUAACUGCUUGCUUUCUGGUUUGAAAGAUGCAGUGGUUCCUUUCACUCCCGGAUCAAUAUCCAAGAAGAUAAUUCAUUAACCUGUAAGACGUUUACACCAUGAACUAUGUUUUUCUGACUUUACCGAAGUCGCUGGCAUUUUUAUUUUUUUUUUAAGAAAAGCUACUAUUCAGGGCACUUUAAGUCAGUGACAUCCCAGAUUUUUUUUUGCACGUCGUUUUUAACUAGAAAUGGUUGGUUGGCAUCCAGUGGAGUGUGUACCAUUGUGCUAUGGAUUGCAGCAUAAGUCAUGUUCAUGUUAAUCUUGCUUAUGCACUUGUUUGGGUGUCCUGUGCUGUACGUGCAGGUAUUCUAUACAGUGUAAGAGGCACAUAGGAACCCGACCUAACUGAAUUCAUCAUUUUUCCACGUAUUGACAAAAUUUGUACCUUUUUCUCCCCACUUUUUCUAAAAGAGAUCAUUUAAAGUUUAACCCUAUUGGAGACAUAGCACUCCCGAAGUUCAUCCCGUGUAGUGGUGUUUCUAUGAGCAGCGUGGCAUCCCCAGCCUCUGUUUGUUCCCCCGAGGUGGAAGGGUAGCAAACCCGCAAUGGCAUGGUGACCCCAUGGCCAGUGCUGCUCUCUGGGGAAGGCAGCCCUAUCUGGUGGCAAGCAAGAAACCAAAAUAUGAUGUUAAUAAACUCAGUCUACAUCCUGCAUACCAAUGAAGUGCUUCAAAUGAGGAUUGAUAGGUUUUACGUUUGAAUCUAAUCACUGACAUUCAGAAUUCUUGCAGAGAGGAACACUGCAUCUUUAAAUGAGAAAGUUUGAUUUUACUUUUGCUCCUACAGCAUGUCAGCAUCUCAAGUUCAUUUCUUGCAACCUACACUAUGGUGAUUUGUAAUCAAGCCUCCAUGAGCUCGUGACAUGAAGUACUGUUCUGUUGUCAAGUACUAUCAAACUUUUCUGAUAAUGCUGAGUUAGGACAACCAAACAAAGCUAGCACUAAAUAACGUUUAAAAUUGUAUAUCUUUUAAUGAUCUUUUCAAGUAUUUGUUACUGAAAUUGUAUAAUGUGGAGUUUACUAGGUGUUAUGUUCCAGUGCAGUGCCUCCUUUUCUUUCCCCACUGCUCUCUGUGGUGAGAAAUUUGCCUUGUUUAAAAUAAUUACUGUGCCCUCGCAUGACUGUUAAAGCUUUCUGUGCAAAGAUGAUUGUCUAAGUGCCACAUGCCUAUGAUUGAGAAAAAAAAAUAAUCUAUUGUUACCUCUGAGUUGUGUUCAACUGAAAUGCUAUUCAACAAAUAACUUAGGAAAAAUAGUUCUAUUUUUAGCUUUUCAUAUCUCUGCUGUCUUUUUCUCAUUUUAUUUUGGCAGCAGUGAAGAAUGGAUUGUAUAAAGACUGCUUGCUAAUAUUAACAAAAUGCACUUGUAAUUCCUGGAAAUAAAUUUAAAUCUUAUAUCUUCACAUUAACAUUAAGAAUUAGUUUUUGGUUUCCUCUUGGGUAAUGUCUUUGAAUGGAAAUCAGGUUCAAUUGCUACUGUAGUAUAUAAGGAUGCUGGCUGGUUAAUAACUCCAGGCUUCCUCAUACCAUUUAGUCUGCUCUUGAGAGAAAUUAGAAAGCCAUUAACUUAGACUUCAGUAGAUAAGGGUGCUUACAAGAUUCCAUUUCAAAAUUUUCUUUUUCCUCUAGUUUAAGUGUUAGUCUGCCAAAACUAAUUUUUAAUCAACGAGAGUUCAUCAUUAAAGGGCAUUUUCUAUUAGGAAAUUCCUGUGGUACAUAAAUCUCUGUUGCGGGGAACAAAUUCGGAGCAUUGUCAGGACGCUGCACAAGUGACCAUUGGAUCGUGGUGUGGAACCUAUGCUAAAAACAUUUCUAUAGAAGAAAUAUGCACUUGACUGUUGAUACUAGUGUAGAAAUUUCUCUUGACCUUUCUACACAUCUUUACCAAAAUGCUUUUCUCACUCAGUUUUGAAAAGUUGGAAUAUUUCUAGAUUCUCUGCUACUUGUAUGAUCAUCGUUACAACAGGAAUCAUUUUUGGCACGGUUGGAAAGAUGACUGUUACUGAAAUUAGUUUGUAACACCUCAGUUUUAAUUUAUUAAGGAAGAACUUUGGCAGCUUACUUCACCCUUCUCUUUCCCAAUUCUUUUUUUUAACACUUUCUUUCAUUUUGGAUGUUUGGGGAGGUGUAGACUUACCCUCGUGUCCCGUCUCUCCGAGUGAGAAGCCGAGGGUUUGCUUUACCUAAUGUUUGGUGCUUUCAGGCUUUCUUACUUAGCUGCUCUUGCUGAAUCCCACUGGCAUCCAUCAGGAUCCGGAGCCACAUCCAUCAGUCUUUUACCGAAUUCAAUAAACAUUGGUGGGUUGAAUUUGUUCACGUGUCACAUGCCGAAGCAUGAUGUUAUUUUUUUUUGUCAGAUUCUGAAAAUAGUUUAAAAGAAGGUGCCUCUAACAACACUGUGUUAGGUCAGUUAUUUCAUCAUUUUACACUGGGGUUUUUUCUUUAUGCAGUUUUUAUAUUUUAGAGCGGAGAACAUCAACUUUUAAUCCAAGUAGCAUGCAUAUUUCAUGGUAAAGAUGCUUUGGGAGUAAGGAAUGUAAACAGUUCACUGUCAAAAACAUUCCAACCUUACAGCUGAAGAAAAAUAUGCAAACCCAAAAUUCUCAUGGAUGCUUUGGUAAAUAAGUGUCUGCCUCUGCUGUCCUGCCUGUCGCCAGCCUCUUCCUCACCCCUGUGACGUGACACCAGAGCCUGGUUUGUGCCAGAGCUUGGGAGCAACACUGGUGACAUAACUUGGCAGUGGCCAAACCCGAGGAGCUGAGCAGGGCUUUCCUUGUGGAAUGAGAGAAACUAAAACCUGUUGUUGCUGCCCACUGUAAUAUGCUACAAUAUAUUUAUACCAUGUCAAAAUUGUUUGCUGAGCAACUGUACUAUAGAUUAAACUUUAUUAAUAUAUAUUUGCUUAUGUUAGUGUAGUUUAUAUAGUCCUUGGUUAUUGAUAAAUUUAUUGUGUUGUUACAGCACAGUGAUAUGGUAUAAAUAUAGGUCUCUACAUACACACCAUAUACUUAUGAAUUUGGUCCCUUGCAUAGUACUUUUAUAUCUGUACAGCAAUGUCUUCAAGCAAUCCCAGAUUUUAGGGGAAAUAUUUUUGUAAAUGCAGUGGUUUAAAUGAAAAAGUCCAAACAAUCCUUUUACUAAGUUUUAAAUACAUUUGUGGUUCAAAAUGGUUUAGUUAACAAUUGAAAUCAAGACACUAAAUUAGCGAAAAGUGCACAUUAGUAAAGUGAAGCUUACAGUGGUUUUUGUAGCAUGUGCUGUGAUCAAACCAAGUGACACAUUGGCGGAAAUGUAAAAGUUGGAUUACAUGUGUAAAUCUAGAACAAACUUCUACAGGUUGCAGCUGGUUUACUUACUAUUGUUGCCUUUUCUCGUGUUGUAUCAGUGUAGAGCACUCUUAAAAUACUCAAACUGCUUUGUCUUUGCUUUGUACUGUUGGUGCCUUCUUAGUCAUGUACCCCACAAGUCCUGCAUAGCUAAUUUAGUUAAUGGUAAGUUUAAAAUAAAAAAGCAAAGGAAGAUUUUAUAAAAAAAAAAAAAUCAUUUUCUGUAUGUUCUUAUUCAUUGUAACAAUUAAACAUUUAUAUUGUGACAGAUUUGUGAUUUGGUUAAUCUGUAUAGAUCAAUUGUAAGUAGCAAAGGUUUAUAUUUCGUCUUAUUCUUUUGAUGUUGUAAACGUUUGUGAUUUUCUUUUUUAAAUCAGGUAACUUAAUGUUCUGUUUUGUUUUUGGCAUCUGAAUCUUGUAAAAACAAAUGCAAAGAAAAUCAUUAAAUUGUGUCCCUGUAUUACCAAACCAGCAUAGUUCUGUGCAUAUAUAGAAUGACUGGGACUUUGCUUUGCCCUGAGCUGCUGGUCCAGAGGCUGGUGUGGAUCAUAUUGGCUUAUCCAAAACUGACCCUCCCUGCACAAGAAGCAGCCUGCAGUCAGUGUUUGUAAAUACUCAAGAGUGUGUGUGUCUCACUGUAGAACUGUACCAGUUUGUAAUUAAAUUAGGGAAGCCAUUCAAACAAACCACAGGUGAAGUUUCUUUAUAGACAGGCAGAAAUGUUUUAUCUUUUGUGCAAGAAGGUUAUGAAAUCAUCAGCAUUUUGACCUGUUGAGCACAGUGAUGCGAAUCGAUUCCAGUGUAUCUGACGGGUCACAGGCUUUUUUGACACUCUUUAUAUGGAUAUUACACUGUUCCCAUGAAAUCUCGAAAAUUGCUACUUGCACAACCCUUAGAGACCAUGUUUUCAUCAUUUCAGUACGAAAAUGUUCUUCUCAGACCAUGGGCUUGAAAUGUGGGGUUUCUGGGAAAAGUGCAAGUAAGUUACAUCACUGUCAUGGGCUUUUAAUUAAGUUUUUUGAAAUUUUUUUUAGCCUAAAAUCAGACUAUGCCAAAGAACUGAACUCUUGAAAGAUGUAGCUGGAUAAUGUCAGCUAGAAACAUCUCUAAUUAAUAUGAAAACACAGAAAAUGUGACCUGAAACUAAAGAGAGCUUAGCUGUAACUGACAGCUCUGUAACAGCUCAGAGAAUUGGCUUGUCAAAAUGCAUCUCUGCAUCACCUCUUUGGUUUCGCUGCAGCAUACAGAAUUUUUUCCCAAAAUACUACAGAAUUUGAUUCUUGACAGAUGAGUUUAUGUGUGUUCUUACUUUUUGUUGGCUGUGGCUGUUCCCCUGGCAGAACGUGUGUUCACCAUAGCAUGUUCUUCAAGGUACGGCUGCACUGCAGCUUGGCUCCGUGGAGGUUUUGACAGGAUCCUGACUGACUUCAUGUUGUUGUGUUGUUUCAGUCAGGUUAGUUAGAAAUACCACACAGAUUUUCUGUAUUUCACCAGAACUGGAGGCUGAUCCUCUCCAUCUGUAAAUCUUCAAGUGUAGUGGGCACUCUUGGACUGCUGGAGCCCGAGCUGGGUGUGUGGAUUGGGCAGGGGCUGGUGGUUCCAGGGAGAGCCCCCACGUUCUGGAAGCUGAGCUGCCUGUGCUGGGACAGGCGGUGCACUCGAAUACUCGGGAAGGCUGGCAAGGAGCUACUGAGUACAAGCCCUACUUAUUGGAAGAGAUACUAGUGUAGGUCUGAUGGCAUCGAGCUUUGUAGAGCUCUGACCCCCGUAUUUCUCUGCAGACCAAAGAUGCUUCUGUGCCAUGCACGUCAUCUUCAGUUAUUCUUUCUACUAAAUUGCAUAUAUGUUACACUUGACAAGCUAAAAAAAAAUUUUGAGGUGUGUAGAAGACCUACAAACAUCAUUGCAUCCAAGUGUGCCGUGUCUGUUGAUGGUUUUCUUGCUCUGAUGUGUCUUUUCACCACACGUGACUCUCCAGGCUUCAGAGGAGUUCUAGAGCCUCAGCUCCGGUUCCGAGGGCAGCUCUGGUGAGUCUGCAAACAGCCCCCUGGUGCUGUGCAAGGUGCCAGAGGUGCCGGUGUUCACAUCCCCAUCACAGCCCUGCUCAUGGCUGCUCGUGUGAGGACUGAUCUUGGGAGUUAUAUGCGAGAAUUGUUCUGUAACCCCUCUGUCUUUCCCCUUUAUAAAUUAUACUGACAACUUUCCUUCAGGUGUUUUCCAGAACUCUGCCUGUUUUUUCAGUAUAUCUCACUACUGACAAUUUACUUUUCUCUUUGAGCUCGAACUCAGUCUGAACAAGGUCCAAUUGUUCCAAAAAGUCUUUCUUCUAUAGGAUUUGUGAGCUUCCUGAUGACAAACGACAGGUGAUAGAUCACAUUACUUAAACUCAUGUAAAUCCAGGGUAGAGGUAAGCAAAACAGCUGGAAGGUCUCCUGAGACUCUUCCUGUGGAAGCACAGCAUUGAUCUGUAACUGUAUGUGGAUUUCUGGGAAGGCAAUAUAAAAAUAGAGAUAAGGAUCAGGAGGACAUGCGUUUGGCUACCGUGGGCCAUGACACGUAGUUCCAUUGGGGUGUUGUUGGAACUUUGCUUGAAGUCCAGCAGUCCCUGGUUCAAGCUGUUCCUGCUUUUUGACUAAUAUUGAAUACCAUGUGAGUACUGAAAACUUCCUGCUACUUCCCCCAGAGUUGCCUCUCAUCUUCCUCUCAGCACACACACACAGAGCCCAUUUUUCCUGAAGUUCCUCCUCUUCCAUCUAUAAUUAGUGUGGUAGAGAGAUAUUGAUCCUUCUGGCUUUUCAGUGUGCUUAUGUUUGUGCAUGAAGGCUGAAAAAGAGGAGCCUUAAGGUAUUCCAUUCCUGAUUUCCCUGAAAAGAGCGAGAAUUACCUAACGGGUAUUGCAGCAUUUUCUCAUCAAAAAGACAGUGUUAAAAACCUUUGUUAUCUUCCCAGUCUGUGAGGUUUGUGUGCACUUAGCUGCUGACUGAAAUCCUGCUCCUCCCUUUCUCCUUCCCUUGCUGCUUGGACUGGGCUGACCUUUGAUCUCGCUGAGUUCUCUUGCAGUGACACUGCUCUUCCUCAGGGGUUUACACUUUCCGUGUUGGUACUUUUCUCCAGAGUCCCUUAUCUGCUAUGACUGAUUCAAUGACUUCACUCCUUUGUUCUUACUUUUCCUUACCUUGCACACUUGGAGAUUCCUACAGUCUCACAAUUUGGCUUUUGCUUUUUAAUUUUUUUUCUGUAAAGCUGAGCUAAGGACACAGUUGUGCUUCACAGAGCUGAGCCUGGGUACAGGCAGCUGACCCCAGGGCCCUGGUCAAGCUGCUGGCUCUGGGGAGGAAGUGUGGAUAGUGCAGAGCAGCUCCGGUGCCGGGCGGGUCCUGCGUGCCUGGGGUGGCACCAGAGUCGGCAGUGCAGAGCUCUGUGAGUCCACCUGGCGAGUUUAAUGCUGACCUGAAACGCACAACCUAGAAUUAAGAAUGGAAAACUGUAGUCUUCUCUACCCACGAUGUGUGUGUGCUUCAGCAUGUCUGAAAAUUCAGGACUUUUAGCAAAAAAAUAAUGAACCAAAAGCUGUAAGGGAAUGCCAGGCAAUUAUUUAAAUUUGCUAUUACUAAAAGACUUGAGAUGCACCUUUUAGGGGGAGUUGUUCGUUUCUUUGUUUGUUUGUUUUUGUUGGGUUUUUUUUUAUAACAUCCAAGACUAAAUAGCUUGUUGAGAAGAUGUUUUUCUGCCUUAAAACUACAAAUGCCAAAAUGCUGAAUUUUGAAUUUUGGCUUGAGACUGAACUGAGGAUAUCACAAUAGAGCUGGAAGGUUUUUUAGUCAAGCCUUUCUCCUAAGUCACCUUUAAUUUCAAUAGCUAGUACUUAAAGGGAAAUUUUGACUAAAAAAACCUUCCUAUGUUCCUGGAAGUUAAAAACUUACAGAUAUUCUAACUUGUAGUUGAGACAUCAUAGACUCAAGACCUUGUAAUGUAUUCUGUGUUUUUGAAAAGCUUUUUGUUAGUUUUUGUACGCAUGUACCUUUGCAGGCUUUCUGACUAGGUGUGCCACAGGUGUGGAGGGAACCCAAACUUGCAGGCCAGUUUGCACACUCAGAAGCACUUCAGUGGAUGUUGUUGCUGUCACUAAAGCUCCGUGUUUUGAUUCCGUGUUUGCUCUCAUGCAGAGUAAGUGCAGCUCUAAACAAAAGUGGGGAUUAAGAAAAAAAACCUGGUCAUUUCUUAUUCUGUUGUAGCUAAAUUUAAUUUAUAAACUUGGUUUUGAGGGUACGUUUAGUAUUUUGGAAGAACUGUAUUAAGCUGUUUUUACAGCUGAUUUGUUGACAUUUCUGUAAGUAAAAUACGCUUGUUGCAGCAUGGCAAAGGUCUGCGUAAUUCAUGUGUGCUCAACUUAAUCACUGGUUUUCUUCUUGUGACAAUAAAUGGCAUUGUACCAAAAGCAAUAUAUCCUGUGUGUAGUUAGUAGUGGAAAUAAUUAUUACUGUGCAGCUUGUAUUCUCAUUGUCUUUGCAGCCUCUAGCAUGGAUCGUGUGCAUUGACAGUAGCUCCAGGCUAUUAAAGAUGUUCUGGGGGGAAAAAACGGUCCUGGAUAACACUCGUUUGCUUUCUGGAAGCUGCUGCUUUGAAGCAGAAAAGGGUCACACCUGAUGCUGCUUUUUAAGCUUAUUUUCUUGUGAGUCUUAUCAUCAGAAUACAUCCAGGUCUAGAGUGUUUCUCCGGAUUUGCUCCUCCACAUUUUUCCUCUUGAGAAAGGGCCCAGGCUCAACGACCCACAUCACUAGAGCCAAGGAUUGUAAGAGAGCGGAAGGGCUUUUUUCUCUGCUUGAUUUUGGGAUUCUGCUAAGCUGUGCCUUAGAGCACAGCACUGUAAAAAGACUUGUGGAAUGCUGCAACUGGUUUUGCUCACCAACUACUUAAUUCAAGACCAGAUAAGACCUUGCAGGCAAUUUGCAAAACUUGGGAACUCUCCAGUCCUAAGUUCUGUUCCCUCCUGCCCCCAGUAGCAAUUCUGCACUACUUGCUCUGCAAGUAAAUGAGCCCUUGAUGACUCCCUUCAGAGGGAAGCUUUGGUUUUCGAUGCUUAGUGCUCAAAAGGACAAGAUAUUAAGGCAGUUCUCUCCCAUCACUUGCAUUUGACUGCUAGUGUGGUAGUCAUCAUACUGAAUUGUCACUGUACUUGUGCUGUAGAAAUAACAGGGCUGAAGAACUUGCUCUUCUCAAUGUGUGUAUUCCUCCUCGCUUUCAAAGUCUGUAGAAUAAUACCUGCUAUUAAUUACACUAAAUAGCUUUCCUCGCAUUCUCUGUGCAUAUUUUCUCUACUGGCCUUCCUACUCUUCUUAAAUGUGACUUAUUUUACUGCUAUUGUGUUAAAAAAACUGUAGUACUGCAGGUGUCAUGUGGUAACUUGUAAAUAAAAUUACUGUAAACACA